AUGUGGGCUAUAAUUGUUUUGAUUAUUUUUUCUCUUAUAGCCUUUUUUGUUACUGAUAAUCUGAUACCGAAAUUAAAGGAUUUAUUCAUCAAAGCUGGGCUGUUUGGAUAUGAUUUAUGCAAAGUAUCAAAAAAUAAAAUACCAGAAGCUUUAGGAGUCGUAUCAGGAUGUAUAUUCCUUGUAACCAGUUUCCUAUUUAUACCAAUUGUUUUUGGAAACAAUCUCAUUGAUACAAGAAUGUUUCCUCACAGUGAGUUCGCAGAAUUGCUGGCAGCUCUGUUAUCAAUAUGCUGUAUGCUUCUCUUGGGCUUUGCUGAUGAUGUCUUGGACUUGAGAUGGCGAUACAAACUACUUUUACCAACAAUAGCAUCCCUUCCAUUACUUGUUGUUUAUUAUGUGAAUUUCAAUUCAACUACCAUCAUUGUUCCUAUACCACUAAGACAGUUCUUAGGACAUUCGGUUAAUAUAGGAUUUUUAUAUUAUAUAUACAUGGGUAUGUUAGCAGUUUUCUGUACAAAUGCCAUAAAUAUUUUUGCUGGUAUUAAUGGCCUUGAAGUGGGACAAUCUGUGAUAAUAGCUGUAUCUAUAUUAAUAUUUAAUAUAUUGGAACUUAAAGGAGAACAGAUAAAAGCACAUACAUUUUCCUUGUAUAUAAUGAUUCCAUACCUAGCAACAACUAUGGGAUUGUUAAAACAUAACUGGUAUCCUUCAAGAAUAUUUAUUGGCGAUACAUUCUGUUAUGUAUCUGUGUUUCUGUUCAUGUCUUGCCUUUCUUAUAAGAUAUCCUAUGGCAUCAUAUUUUUACGAUUUAUGAUUGUGGAGAAUUACAGAUGCUGUUAA